UACUGAAAGAGAUAUGGAAGAAGUUAGAACGGUCGAUCCAUUGGUGGAACAAGCCGUUCAAAGAGUAGUAGCAUAUCAGAAGAAAAUUAAGGCGCCAUCUUCAGCUAGUGAAGUCAAGAAAUCCUAUAGUCCGUCUCCAAGUUUCAAUGAUUGGGUACCCCGAGGUUCAAUCUCAGAUACACGUCGCAACCGGGAGUUUACACCUCAAGUGUUAUCUUCAAUUAAAUCUCCGAGAUUCUCAAGUUCAUCUCCAAUGCCGAAUAACAGGAGAGGAUCAAGUUCAACAUUAAAUGCAAGUUUGCAACUGCUCUGUUCUCUAUAUCAAUCCCAGUUUGAUUGAUUUUUCCCCCUUAUUUGGCACUAUGUUGUGUUCUGAUAUUAUUACAUUGGACUAAUGCUUCAUGUUUUCGUUUCUGACCAGCACCCUUUUCGUUCGUUGUAGGUUCCAUCUUCAAGAGAACAUCCAAGGCCGAAAACUCCGACUCCACAUUCCAAUGGUUGGAUAGGAUUUGAUUCAGUCUCAAAACCACCAUCUUCGACUCAAGUUGUUACCAUCCUACUCUGUUUUUACCUUCAAAUCUUAUGUCAGUCAAAUUUACCCUUUAGUUUAAUUUUAUCAAGCCUUUUAACUAACUUAUUCCCAAUUUCAGGUUUUACCUUCAACUGAAAUCCCAAUUCGUCAUAAUCUAUCUUCAACUUUGAGUCGUGUCCCAAGUCACGAUCUGAUUUCAAGUGCUAAUGUGAUUACACCAUAUCAACUUUCAGUGAAAAAUCAGGUUCCCACCCUGAAUCCAUGCCCCAGAUCAAGAUUAAAUGUUAUACAAACACACUCCUGCUUAAAGAGGAAAGCAACAGAUUGUAAUGUUAACAUCACCAACAAUUUGGUGAGGAAUUUAUCCUGUGAUCUCUGUCAAGUUAGCUGCUCAAGUGCAUUAACUCUUCAGCAGCACGUAGAAGGUCGUACUCACCAGGCGAAGUUGAAAUGGAUGCAAUUAAACAAGAACGGCAAAGAACAGAAUCAACACAGUCAACCAAGAUGCGAUGUCUGUAAAAUUUUCUGCCCAGACAGAACUGCUCUGGACAUGCACUUGAAAGGGAAGAAACACAAGGCCAAACUACAUGAAUUGGAACUCGGCCAGAAAAAUGGUGGAGAGAAUGGAGCGAUGAUUCUGUGGUGUGAGUUAUGUCAUGUUCCCUGCAUGAACGAAGACUGUUUUAAGUCUCACCUCAAGGGGAAAAAACACAUAGCCCGUGUUUACAAUGUCAAAAAGAAAUUGAAAAUUGAAACUUAGGAAGAGCUAAAGAAUAAGAGACUCGUAAAGGAUGUCAAGAAACUAUGGUGCUACAAAUCCCAUUUUCAUUCUAUUCCCAAAAAUUAUAACCUCUUAUCUCCUGAAGAAGUCAACGUUGAGUUUGUAAAUCGAUAUCAUUUCAGUAUCAGUAUCAGAGAGGGAUAUAAAAUUUGUCAAGUGGUCAA